CUGGGCAUGGCCAUGGGUAUGGGCAGGGCUAACUUGGCAAGACUAAAAAAAAAAAAGUCUGGGUUUGGGAACGAGGAAGAGGCCACGAGGACAGGAGGGCGAGGGCGAGGGAGGGCCGGCCAGGCGUGGGCACGUAAGAGUGUUAGUUGUCAUAGUUGAGGGAUGCUCUGCUAUGCGACAAGUGGCCUGGGCUGGUGUGUUUCUGGAUGUCCCUUGCGCGUUGCAUCUCGUGGGAACCUGGUGCUCUUUUUCUUGUACGGACUAUGGGAGUAUGUUUUUCUUCAGACGUGUCAAUGUUGACAUUCAUGUGGCACAUGUGGCAAGGCAUGGGGGGAAUGCCUACGCAGUAUGGAAGAGAUCAACAAACGAGGCGCCUGCCCUCAAGGAUCAAGGCAGUAGAAAAGGCUUGAAUAUCGCGACCUGACGCCCCGAGAUGUGCAUGUACG